ACAUCCUCGUACAGACACGGGAAGGUGGAGCUCUGUGUCAGUGAUUCAAUUUAAUUAUAGGUGAAUGAUCAACUUCUAUGUUUAUGCAGAGCUGUUGGACACCGCACAACCUUGUCUGCAAAAGUUCACUGUCCUUCGGAGCUUGCUGGGAUGGGAGCCUGCAGAUCCGUUCCAUCAUUAUUGAUGUAAGUCCUGUGGAAGUGGCAACUACGUCUGUUCUCAAAGGUUGUGCCUGAAAACAAAUACAAAGAAUGGGAGGCAAGGAAAGAAGAAAGGAUAUUGGAGGUGAUAGCCAAUCCACAGACCUGUAAAGCCAUACACAGUCCUUUGGUUUACUUCAUGGGUGACUCAGAGGAAAGGAAUCUGACCUACAGAUGUAUAUUUGAAGAAGACUUUAAGUACAUCCUUUUGCCUGUGGCCUAUUCUAUUGUUUUUGCAGUUGGAUUCGUCCUCAACAUCAUCGCCUUGUACAUUUUCAUCUUCCAAAUUCGGCCAUGGAAGGUGGUCACACUUUUUAUGUUCAACUUGGCUCUGUCAGACCUUCUCUACGUCUUAUCCCUUCCACUGCUGGCCUACUAUUACUCCAAAGCCAAUGAUUGGCCUUUCUCCGAGCCGCUGUGCAAGAUAGUCCGUUUCCUCUUCUACACCAGUCUGUACUGCAGUAUCCUCUUCCUUCUCUGCAUCAGUGUAUACCGUUUUCUGGCAGUGUGUUACCCAAUACGCUUUCUACAAUGGGGUCAUAUUCGAUACGCAAGGAUUGCCUGUAUUACCAUUUGGGUGGUCAUUGUUGGCAUUCAGUCACCAAUACUGUAUUUUGUGUCCACCAGCCAAAUGGAUGACAGCAGGAUCUGCCACGACACAGCAAAUAUUGAACUCUUUGACCAGUUUGUUAUUUUCAAUACAGUGACCUUGGUUUUGCUCUUUUGUGUCCCCUUCACGGCCCUCCUUCUUUGCAACAGUUACAUGAUUUACGUGCUUCUAAUGCCAACUGUGCCUGCCACACAAGCAUCGAAAUCCAAGAGGAAGUCGGUUAAAAUCAUUAUCACGGUCCUUGUGGUUUUCAUCACCUGCUUUUUGCCAUAUCAUGUCACCCGUACACUCUACUAUUACUACCGUAAGGUGAACACUGCCCCCUGUCCUACUUUAGAUGCUGUUAAUGCAGCCUACAAAUCCACACGACCUUUUGCCAGCCUCAAUAGCUGCAUCGACCCGGUCUUGUACUUUUUGGUUUGGAGGUUCCGCUUAGUCAGGAGGAACAGACAAAGGAAUAUGACAGAAAGAGAAAGUUGACUACGGCCUCAUACACACGACCGAGAAACUCAACAGAAUCCAUCAAGAAACUUGGUGGGAGAGCUUUUUUGCCGAGG